UAAGAGGAAGCUGAGGGCUAAUCUAAGCCCCGCUCGGAACUGCCCGGCACUCUGGGGAAGGAGGGGCGCAGGGCUGGGGAGAAGGGCGGGCGCCGACACACGAGCGCCCUAAAGCCGAGGUGCGGGGCCGCCUCCUCCCGGCCCCGCGGGGACCCCCCGGUCCGUCCCCUCAGCACCGCCCGCUCCGACCCCGCGGGGACGCCCUGCUCUGUCCCCUCAGCCCUGCUCAGGGCGGGGCCCUCCGGGGACCCCCCGCUCUGUCCCCUGAGGACCUCCCGCUCUGUCCCCUCAGCCCGCUCGGGGCGGGGCCCCGGGGCCGGUACCGCUCCCGAGCCGCGCCCGCCGUUGCCGUGGUGACGGGCUAAGCCGGGCCUGCGAGCGGCGGGCGCCGAGGGGCCGGGCCGGAGCCGACCCGCGGCUCGGCGCUGCCGGGGCGGGCAUGCACAACAAAGGCGGUGGGCGACGCGUCCCGGGCGGGCUCCGCAGGUAGAUUAUGUUAUAACCUCUGAACACAGAAAGUCCUGAUCCUCACGUUUCUCUGCUGUCACCUGUGGGCUCCUCCAGAGCCGUGAAGAAGGGGGAGCUCCAGCCCCACCAUGAGAAGAGCGGGUCUUCUACGCAUGGCGACUCCACCCAUGUGAGAGCUCUCUUAUGUGAGUGCCCAGCAGCACACUUUGCUGUCUGUGGUCUGUGGACAUUGACUGGCACCUAAGCGACACCCCAGCUCCCUCCUGUCCCCCUAGACGCCACUGUCCUAGAGCCUCCAUGUGCAUUUGCUAUGACAUACAUCAGUGUUGAUGAGAGACAGGAACACUGCCGGGUGAUCUCGAGCUGCCAAAAUAAUCAGCUCUGUGCACAACAUGGCUUAAAGGAUUUUACAGUUAGCAGCAUGCAUCCACUAAAGAACCUAGACACUCAUAAUUUUUCUGGGGACUUCCACACUCUUGCCUGCCACACAGGCAAGGCAGCUUUGGCCAGUCCUGUGGAAAACCGGAUGUAUCGGAGUGUGGAAAACCUACACUGGACAACAGUUGCUGACUGUGGGCUGUAUUCUCACUGCCGGAGCCUGGAUAACGAGAUCAUCUUCCGCUAUAGAGGCACCAGCCAGUGGACAGAGGACUGUGUGGAUGUGGCCCCUGUACAGAGCACAUCAGACUCUCUGAGGAACCUUUCUCUCCAUGCUAAACAGACAUCUCUGUCUGCACAGAAUGUGCUCCUGCCUCCCUUUGCCAAAGUGCCUCAGUGGCUCUUCCCUUCCACAGAGGAAAGAGCCCUGCACGGGGAUGCCAGAAAAGAGCUGAAGGAGAAGCUGAGGCUGCACAGCAGUAAGGUGGCAGAGCCCUGUAAGCCUGUGCGCCCACAGGUGGCCUUGCCCGAGCUGAUGGCCCAGGAGUGCUUUGAAUGCCGGGUGUGCCGGCAGUGCAAGAACGGCUGUGCUGUGAGCUGCUGCACGGUCCUGGUGGAACACACUGCUCUCAGGCACAGCCUCACAGCUGGGCACGGGCUGUGCUUCGCACACACCAUCAUCAGUCCGGAAGACAUCAAGCAGGAGGCUCAAAGGAGGCUUCAGCUCCGAAGGCAGAAUAGCUCCCCCAACUUGCCCCUCCAGCAUGCUGGGGAAAGCCAUGAGAUGAGCAAAUCCAGAACAGCAGAGACCGUAGAGCAGUACAGUGGGGAAAGAGAUGGCAAAGUCACAUUGGGACAGAGCAAGAAAGGCCGCUGCAAAGGGAGGCUCUACAUACCUAGCUUUGAGGAGUUCAAGCAAAUAAGAAGUAAGGAGGGAGAUUCCUCUGACAGCAGCAGAGGGCCAGCAGAUUGCUUGAAAAAGAGUCUGCCUGCAAACCAGACACUGGAGGAGGAAAACAGUAAGAAUGUCUUUCCAGAAGCUUUAGAGACCAAAGCUGUGAAUGAACCUGCUGUCACAGCAGAGGGGGAUGAUGAUGUAUUUCAUGAAAACCACACCUCUGCUGGCUUCUCCCAAAACGCAGCCACAUGGGAUGAUUUCAAGAUGAGGAGUCCUGAGGUGAAGGACAGAACCUUCCAGACCUCCAUCCCAGAUACAUCACCUGUUCCUAUUUGCUCCAGUCCUAUUCCACGAUCACCUCUACAGGCAGGAGCAGUACACAGUGCUGGGCACGAGAUCUUCAGUGAUGAGCAGCAGAAAGGAGAGACAAGACAAUUAAAUGAUGUCCUCCACCUUGCAGGGCAGUCGCUGGCUUCUGAAGCCCAGUCCUCUUGCUGUUCAUCGCUGCUGUUAGAAGCCACAGACUUGUCCAGCUAUGGAGCUAAGCUACAAAAAAUGAAGGAUGAAUUCAUAGGUUCAGCCUUGGAACUUAUUAAGAAAAGCUGCAAUGCUGAGACUGCUGCCAAAUCCCCCUCCAAGGGGCGGUGUGAUCUGAGGGAAGCUGAUCUCCCACCUCUGGAGGACAGCCAGCAGCCCACAGCGAUGUCCAUGGCAGCAGAGACCUGGGAGGACAAGCCAAGCAAUGAGACAUCCAGUGACCCUCCACCUGCAGGGAAUACCCCCAGUCCUGCCUGUCGCCGAUCCAGCUCUGACAUUGUCCACGAGAGCACGGAUGGUGCCAAGGCGCAGCGGGAGUGCCGGCUGCGGCCGCACUUCAGUGACCCGAUGCCGACAGACUCGGUGAAGAGGAAGCAGCUGGAGCUGAAGAUCGCGGCGGCAGCGCGGCAACACGCACAGAAGCGCCGGCAGGAGCGAGACUAUGGUCCAGUGGUAGCCAAAGCCAACCUUGGCCAUGGUGGCAGCUUUGAUGAGACCCGACGCACUCCAUGGCGCUCCCUGCGCUCCAGGCACCACUGGAGCAACGUCAGCAGUCUGAGCACGGACAGCGGGAUUGUUGGUGUGAACGAUGCCCGGGAUGACCCGGAUCCCACCGAGGCCGCCCGGACCAAGUCAGCGGACGUGGAGAGGGCAGACAGUGGCAUUGGGCAGAUGGCAGCCAGGAAGUGGAGGAACAGGGCAUCCGAAACACUGAGCUCCCUGCAGGCCUGGGAAGCCCACCGUCCCUGCACCGACUGUGGAGAAAGGGACCUCCCUGUGGAGACGGAUGUGCAGAACUGCAACCAGAGGCGCGCUGAUCUCUGCGAGAAGUGCCGCAAGCGCAGGACGGAGCGCAAGGAGUCCGUGCUGGAGUUUGUCAACACGGAGGCCAGCUAUGGAGAGGACCUGCGCAUCAUCAAAGAGGAAUUCUACCUCCCCAUGCAGGUGGCUGGGCUGCUGAGCCAGGAGCAGCUCCAGGGCAUCUUCAGCAACAUCCAGGAGCUCAUUGACCUCAAUGAGAGCUUCCUGGAGAUACUUCAAGAAGAGAUUGAUCAGGCCUUUGACCAGGGGGACGAUGACCUGAUGACCGUGUGCAUCGGAGAAAUAUUCCUGGAAUUCGUAAACAUGCUGCCAGCCUUUCAGACAUACUGUCUUCAGCAGUCCUCCUCUGUGAAUAUGCUCAACGCUCUGGAGAAGGAGAAGGAGUUGCUCAGAAUAUUCCUCAAUGUCUCCCAGAAUGACAACACGGCACUGCGGCGGAUGAACUUGAGGUCGUUCCUGAUGGCCCCUUUGCAAAGGGUCACCAAGUACCCCCUGCUGCUCAGCAGGAUCAUCAAGGCCACCACCGAGUACCACCCAGACCACGGCAGCCUGCGCGAGGCCAAGAGCCGCAUCGAGUCCCACCUGGAGCACAUCAACAUGAAAACCAAGCAGGAGGGGAACACGUGGACCCUCCGCUCCUUUCGCCAGGACAGCAAGAAGAAGAGGGAAGUCAUCAACAUCGAGAUGAGAGAAACCGCCCUCAAAACUGUCGGUUGGCUGCGGGAGGAAACGCGGUUUGUGAUGGAGGGGUCUCUGCAGCUGGCCCAGCCCCCCGAUGGCCAGUGGGUGAAGAAAGGCAGCAAGACCCUGAAGUUCCAGAACAUGCAGGUCCUCCUCCUGGUGAACAUGAAGCGUGUGUCCGAGUCCAGCCUGGAAUCAGCUGAGCCGGGGCCUGUGAAGGACGCGGUGCUGGUGCUCAUCAGGGACAAAAAUAAUGGGAAGUUCCAUUUGCUCAGGGAGCCCUUGAGGCUGAGUAAUUGCAUCGUCUCCACUGACCCCGACUGCGACGACACCUUUGAACUCAUUGAGAUCAGGCGGGAGGCGUUUGUGUUCCGGGACAGCGACCGCGCGCGGACUCACCACUGGUUCAGGCAGAUCCGGCGCUACUCCAGGGAGCUGGGCUCCUGGAAGAAGCGGCGGAACGCGCUGCCCAACAUCAUGAUCAGCACUCCUCACACCAGGCCCUGAGGCCUGCAUGGGCAAGCUCGGCUGGACCAGGGCCACAAGCAACGACCAUCGAGAGCCACCUUGGCCUGAACUUGCUCCAUGGACAACACAGGGACGAGCCUGGUCCCCAAAGACUCUUACCAGCACUGGAAGCAAACCCCACAGCUUGGUGCUGGUCUCCAGCCUCUGGACUCACAAUAGUUUGUGGCUCAUGUACAUAGAGAGAUGAGCUCCCCUCGAGGAGAUCACUGAAGGAUAAUAAUUUAACUUGUUAAUGUUGCACUGCAGGAGAAUGAUGUAUGAUGCUUGCCAUUGCAUGGAUCGUGUUGAAAGCCAGUCUUGACAAUGAGAGAGGUUUCCACUAUUGACUGUAUUUCAUCAGCAUUAGGUAAAGUCUGGGUACUCAGCAAAAUUAGGUGCAGUAUUAUGCAACAGAGGGUAAAAGCUGGAAAAAAUUACGUUUUCCACCACUACUCCUAAGGACUGUGUUUCAUUAUUCACCUCUGUAUAUUCAGUCAAAACACUUGUUUAAAAAGAAAGGCCUCUCAUCUUUAAUCCAAAUCAAGUAGGUAUCAAUUUGCUCAGAUUCAGCUGCAUGCACACAGCAAAAAAAUAAAGAAAAGAAAAAAAAAGGAGAAAAAAGGAGCAAACACAUAAAUCCCACAUAUAUGUAAAACCUGUGGAAGAGCAGCACACCCCCAGUGAGAGUCUGUUAUUUAACUGACUUAGGGACUGGAACAUAAUGCUGCAUCUGAAAUAUCUCAGAAAUAUAUGUAAAUACAGCUCUGCUACCACUGAUAGUGAAUUUAAGAGUUUGCAAUUAUUUAAAUGAUGUAAUCUAGUGUAUUUCAAAAUUUAAUUGAAAGGAACAAUUUACAUUGUACUGUAGAGUAACAUAAAAUGUUUUAAUAAUUAUGUUUCAAUUACUUUAGGUGGGUAUUUUUUUAAUAUUUGUGUUCUGUAGUAUGUAUUUUACUUAAUAUGGAUGGCAUUCAGAUGAGCCACAUGCCUACGUCUGCCCUGUGGAUCUCCUGAACAGAAUUCAGGGCUAUUCCAAAUGAGACUGGGUGAAUGGUUCAAACCUGCUACUCAGAUUCUCACUAGACAACAGCAGACUGGCACAAACCCUCUUGCUCUGGAGCCAAAACUGAGGCCACAAAUAACUGCCCCAGAAGGUCCAGCCUCUCUCAGUUGCUCAGCAGGGAAAUUACUCGAAGCUGAACAAUGGUAAAAAGGCAAACAGGGUUUAACCUUUUCAGCCUGACAUUAACACUGACUGCUGCUUUGCAAAAUGUCACACUGUGACUUACACAGAAAAGGCCAGAUUUCAACCUGGAGGCUAAAUUAAAGGAGCCUAAAUUUUGGUCCAUGGAUCUUGGAGGUCAGCCUGUAAAUGUUCUUUCAGGCCCACAGGGUAAAGACAAAGCCAAUCAGUAUUAUUCGCUACCAACAAAAUAUUUUUGUUACAGGCAUUUAUUUCACAGGAGGAUUCACACAAGCACAUUUGUGUAUUUCUCCAGAGAUCAACCAGCAUCAAAGGUCACCAGUGAAGGCAGACAGAAGCCAUCUUCACAAAGGUAGCCCUAGUCUUGUAAAGUCACCACUGACCCAGCAUCUGAGCAAGCCUCAGACUGUGCCCAGUACUUUGUCCUCU